CAUGUAUUAGGAAAUUGGUGGCGCCCUCAAACCGCGGGAAAUCUGGAAAUCUUGGAUCAAGCAAUUGACCCCUGAUCUUACAUGUCUUCUUGCAGUUUGAACUGUAGCCUAGGCCUAGUUUUUUACUAGUAGUAACGUUUCCAGAGUUGUAAGUUCUGUUCAAACUUCAAAUUUACGUUAUCAGGCAGAGAAAAUAGUAACAUGUCAGCAAAAGUAAAAUCUAAAGUGAAUUCAGCAUUCAAGAUGAAUGGCUUGUCUCUGCGCAGUGAUGCCAUCAAGUACUUGGUUGAGGCUCUGGGAUCAGUGGAUGAUGUACGUGAGAGAGAUGACUGCUUGGAGCGAAUCAUUGAAGCUGUCCAGAAGCAGCCGUUGGCAUCAUCGCUGGUAUCCAUGGAAACACUCAAGGCAGCCAUAGAUGAGUGCAAUGAGGGAGAGGUAGAAGAGAGCGAGAGGGCGUUUGCUGUCAUCGAUGCCUUCACCGUCCCCAGGUUCACAUACAACCAUGACAGAAAGAAAUUCCUCAAGAACAACUUGAUUCCCUGCCUCCAUCCUGGUGCCCAGGCUAAAGCUGACCUAUUCCUUGAGCGUUACACAUUGCUACACCAACGGACGUCCCGCCACAGUCUGUUCACUCCACCAGUGCCUGGGGCUAUCACAGAUAACAACACCAGGAAAUUUCAGCUUAAACCUGUGGAAUUUCUGUUGGGAAGCACUGCUAAACUGGGAGAAAUUAUCGUGCUGGGCAUGCUCACUCAACUCAAAGAGGGCAAGUUUUUCCUGGAAGAUCCCACUGGAGCUGUUCAGCUUGACCUCAGCAAAGCACAGUUCCACACCGGUCUGUUCACCGAGAACUGUUUUGUGUUAGCAGAGGGGUGGUAUGAGGACCAGGUCUUUCACAUCACAGCGUUCGGUUUCCCUCCCCCCGAAUCAGCAGAGGCUACCAGAGCAUAUUUUGGCAGUGUGAACUUCUUUGGGGGUCCCUCUUCAACCUGUGCUAAGUCCUCAGCCAAGCUCCUGGACAUAGAGAAAGACAACGAGGAUGCCAUGUUUGUUUUUGUGUCGGACAUCUGGCUGGACCAGCUGCGAGUCCGUGAGAAGCUCAACACGCUCUUCAACGGCUACUCAGAGAUGCCACCAACCUGUUUUGUCUUCUGCGGGAGCUUUACCUCCAAGCCGUACGGGAGCAACCACGUCAAAACUCUGCGAGAGUCACUACAAUCUCUUGGUGACAUGUUGGCAGAGUAUCCCACCCUGCUUCAGAGCAGUCGGUUCAUCUUUGUUCCUGGACCGCAAGAUCCCGGACCAGCGGCAAUUCUGCCUAGGCCUCCCAUUCCAGAAGUGAUCACGGAAGAGUUUUGUCGUAAAGUCCCUUCCGCCAUAUUCACUACAAACCCAUGCAGGAUACAGUACUGCACCCAGGAGAUUGUUGUGUUUCGAGAGGACAUCGUCAUGAAGAUGUGCCGGAACUGCAUCCGUUUCCCGGACAACAGUGCAGAAAUUCCCAAUCACUUUGUCAAGACGGUAGUGUGCCAGUCCCAUCUCUGCCCUCUCCCCCUCCACGCAUCCCCGAUCUACUGGUCCUACGACAAUGCCAUGAGACUCUAUCCCCUGCCAGAUCUGGUCGUGUUUGGGGACAAGUACGACCCCUUCACCAUCAGCAACGCAAAUUGCAAGUGUACCAAUACGGGUUCUUUUUCCAAAAGCGGUUUUGGCUUUAAGGUGUACUACCCCCAAACUAAGGAGAUCGAGGACAGCAAAAUUGAAGAUGACUAAAAGGCAGACCCAAACGAGGCAAUUUGUCCCAGCCACAACCUCUAAUGCUGUAGCUCCUCGUUGCUGAGCCUAACCUUGUGUGCUUGCUUGUUAACGUUGAUGCCCAGGAUACAAGUUUCUCACCGUAGGACUCAUUCAUGGCUGUCACAUUUAACUUCGCUGAAGGUUAUUUUGUAAGAGGUACAUGGUGCUGGGGUGAGAUUGUCAGCAUUUUUUCAUCCGGUUUUUUUUCCAAUUUCAGGAAAUUUAAAUCUUUUUUGAAACUGAGUUUACAAUUAAGAUUGUUUUUGUGUACACUAUAAAAAUUGACAUAGAAUGCAAGAAAUAGAUAUAUUAAGGGGUGCCUGUAGGCAAAUAUAAAUUUACACGUAAACUAUAGACCUUCAGUUGCUGUGGGCUCUUAAAACCUCCGAUGGUAAUUCCGUGGAUAUGUAAUUACCUCCAGUCUCACCCCAGAUGGUGGAAGACGUGUAAAGCAUACAUAACCAGGAAUAAUCAACAACAGCCUUGUUAGCAACAUACCAUUGUCUUUUGUUAGCAAACUCUUCAUUUUGAAGGCCUGGUCUUGAUGAAUUGUGGCCUUAUUUAAGGUCACAGCCUGUAGACAUCUUUGUCUCACUCAAUUGAAAUCUUUUAUAAGACCAUGAAGCAUUAAAGAUGCAGAUGCCAAUUCGUGAACCGGUGGAUUUUUGUACUUUUUUCCCCAUGAAUUACUCGAAGGGUUUGUCUGUAAAUACAGUCAAAUCUCGUGAAUAAGAGGUCUUAUGGACUAGGCAAAU